AUGUCAUCAAAUGCGCUCUUCCAAAAGAGCCAAUACUCGAUUAGAAGACUCUCUGCCUCGUCCCCAGCGACCUUUCAGAAAUCAGCAGAACCGAAGAAAUGGCAUCUUUAUCUAGCCAUCGGUAUAGUCGGUCUCUCAAUCGGGUCAUGGUAUCGGACGUUCAGCUACGAGAGACCAGUAAAACACAGCGCAUUCGUGGCAUUUGAGCUUCUCGCCAAAGAGCCAGUCUCAUCAACUGCUAGCAUCUUUACUAUAAAGCCCAAAGACAGCCUAGUUUUCGCCGACGAAUAUGCCAAAGCCUGGAAGAUCGGCGUUUGGAACGUGUUGUUCAAGCAGCCUCAGAUCCAGAUUGUACGCGCCUAUACACCUCUUCCCGCAGUGGAAGCCACAGAUUCCCUCGUUGCAGAAAAAGACGAGCUUGAGACCCUUCGUUUUUUGAUUCGCAGAGACGCACGCGGUGGAGAGAUGUCAACUUAUCUACACAGACUGCCAAUCGGUUCAACCAUUGAACUGAGAGGACCGAAUAUUGAAUAUCCUAUUCCCGAUACUGCAAAGAACGUCGUCUUUGUCGCUGGAGGAACGGGUAUUGCACCCGCGAUGCAGAUAGCACACGCCAUGUUCGACGGCUUGAGCGAUAGACAAAAGAACGAAAAGACAUUACACAUCUUGUGGGGUAACAGAACACGUGAAGAUUGCAAAGGUGGUGUUUCCGACAACGAAAUUGUGCCGUCAAGAGCAACUGAAGCCGGCAUAUCUUCAGGGGUAUGGAAACUUUUUGGUCCUCGUGCCGAAACCCAGUCAGAAACCAAGGUCGAUGAACUAGAGCAAAAUGCUAUUGUCAAGCAACUACAAACAUUGAAGACAGCACACAACGGUCGUAUCAAGGUAUUCUACUUUGUUGACGAAGAGAAGAGCUACAUAACCUCAAACACCCUACGAGAUGCCCUCGUCUCGAGUGGCUGGAUGCCUGCUGUCCACAAUUCAGAGACAUCACUCGACCAGACCCACGUCGUUAUCUCAGGACCACCUGGUUUCAUCACCUAUAUUGCUGGCCCGAAAGUUUGGCAUAAUGGCGAUGAGAAACAAGGCCCAUUGGGUGGCCGACUAGCUCAGGUUCUGGGUAAAGGCAACCACGACGAUGUGAAAGUCUGGAAGGUCUGA